AUGGCUUCGAAAUAUGUCGAUCUUGAUGAAGAACAAACACACACACAACGUUUUUCGGAUAUUGCCACAGAACCCUGCCGAAUGUUAAUGCCCAUUCAAGGCUACGAAAAAAAGCCUCUGGUGUCACUUGAAGAGGCUGUAGAACUUGUAGUGUCAUAUGUACCUGAUGUAAAACGAAUGGCUUACAUUGCAAAAGUGAAAUGUUCAGAACUUCCAUCAAUAGAACUACCAAUAGAUCAAGCAGCUUCGAUCACACUUUAUACAAUGGAAUGGGAACCACAAGAAGAGUGUCUGUAUUAUGUUUUAAACGAGACACUACGUAAUGAAAAUCGUCGAAAGCUGCAACCGUGGUUCCUUUUUCUAAGAUUGAUUCUGACGGCAUUGGCUCAGCUCCCAACAGUAGCGUCUAAUGUUUUUCGUGGAAUUAAACGGGACAUGAGAAAGGAAUAUCCAGAAGGAAAAACAUUCGUUUGGUGGGGAUUCAGUUCUUGCACAUCGAAGAUAAGCGUUCUCCAAAAUGAACAAUUUUUGGGUACAACAGGUCCAAGAACUUUCUUUACAAUUGAAUGUAAUAGUGGCAAAGAUAUCCAAAAAUAUUCCAGUAUUAAAACGGAACAUGAAAUUCUUCUUCCGGCUGCAAGACAAUUUAAAGUUGAGGCAUGUCUCAAUCAAGGUAAAGAUCUUUAUUUGAUACAACUCAAAGAAAUUCAACCACCAUUUCCCCUGAUUGAACUUGUACCAACAACACCUGCCAAGAAAAUUUCACCAACACCAAUUGUACCAUCGCCACCGAAACCCAUAGUCCCGAAAAUCCCACAAUCAGGUAGGACUUUUAAGAAUCAAUUUUCUUUUACCAUCAAUCGAUAG